CCGAGCCUGCCAGCUCGAGCGCUCGCCCUCGGACGGUGGUCGUGGCCGCGCAUUUGCCAAGUCAGUAGCGCCUACAAGAGUUUGACUCGUGGGGCCCCGGCAGCCCUCAAUGUCACCAUAGCAAAUUGUUCCCCGGCGCAAUUAUUCUCGCCCUUUCCCGUCGAUUGCUUCAUGAAUACCACAAAGUGUGCGCUUUGCGUUGUUGGGUGUGCCCGCACAUCACAAGGCGAUGGCGGGGUGAGGAUUUGGAGGUGCUGGAGGGGAAUUCUGGGCGUGGGCUUUGUCGGGAGGAGGUUUGCGUAGAAGACGCGACCAGGCGCAGAGUUUGGGUUGGUUCAUUGCUCGAGAGCAUCUGAGGAGAAAGGGCUCAAGGAGGGCUGUAUCCUGCGGUUUUGGCUCUAAGAGGAGGAUGUUUUUUUAGCAAACGUUACUACUCUCUGUGCGAAGCCCCGCCUGUUUCGAGCAGGAACACCUUGUUUGUCGAGUUGUUCAUAUGGAAUUACGUGGUGAUGUGACGUAAGUUAUUGUACCGCCAUAGUCAGAGUUCGUUUCGAUGCGCACGAGGAGGUCAGCGAAGGAUUCCGAAGCAGAUCCCAUUCUGGGGGAUCUGCUUCAGAAUCUUCAUCAAAACCAUGAUAGAGAUGUGCAGCUAAGCGAAGGUGUUGAUGAGAGACCUUCUGCUCCAAAAACGUUAGGAGAUGUUUCGAAACAAAGCGUGGGCAAGCUUCUGGAUCGCGUUGGCGUACGAAGGGCAGCUGCAAAGAAACGCCAACUUGAGCAAGAAAAGCCUACCCGUCAGAAGCGUCUUAAAGGGCGAGGAAAACUUUACGGAGAAGAUGACCUCUUACACCAACGCCCUAGUAUAUCUGCCAUUGCUCCAGUAUGUGGAGCCUUGGCAAAAACGUCUAGGGAUGCUGAAAGUUCUUACACGGCUAACUUUCCACCCACUGUCGAAGAGCCGAACGAGUCGAGACCGCAACGGGAAGAACCGAGUAGCAGGCCUGAUGCCGCUAUGCCAGAGGAUCUUGAAGAGGCAAGUGCCAAUGAAGAUGAUGACGAGUUCGAAUGGGAACAAGGCGAAGAAACGUUUGCUGGGACGUCGGAUGACAAAGGAAGUACUAAGGAACAAGUAUGGAAUGGCGAUAUCACUAUACAAGUGGAGACCAAAGCUCAGAAACGAGCAGCCCAGCGAAAGCCUCCUGCCCGAAGAGCGAAUGCGAGGGAUAAGGAGUUUGCAGAGCUUGUUCAUAAAGCGCAUAUUCUCUGUUUACUAGGACGAGGACGGAUGGUGGAUGCUGCUUGUAACGAUCCGCUUUUACAGGCUUCCAUCCUUUCCCUUCUUCCUCCAUCUAUAAGCCUCUUAUGUAGUUCCGGAGCCUCCGGCACUAUUCUCUUACGAAGUUUCGUAACCUGGUUUUCUACCUCUUUUGAAGUUUCAUCAUCGGAGAAGAAACUACCCCCCACUCGGGUACAGAAGGAUCUUCCAUCGCGGCUCUUGGAAGCUGCUCAGCUACAAGUCGGUAGUGCAGAAGAGGUUGCCGCGAUAUCAGUUGCGUUUCUUCGUGGCCUUGGUUUCACGACUCGGUACGUGGCCAGUCUGGAUGUUUCUCCACUCAAACCAGAUGCUAGUUCGCUCGCAGCAUCCGCUGGUUGGGACCCUCAAGUGGAGGUUGAAGGAAUCAUAUUCUCCGCUCAUCAAGAUAUAGAGGCAAAGAGGGCCACAAGUCUGGCACGCUUAUUAGCCAUGUCUGCUUUCCAACAAGUGAGCAGCAACGGUCAUCUAAGCUCUUCGUCGGAGCCACAGCAGGUGGGUAGUGCUGUUCUACCAGCAAGAAGUCCGCAGAACGAGGGCGUUGAUGACCGUAGCAAGUCAGUAGAAGAAGGUUGUAAGCAGGAUGGGGAUGACCAUUCCCAUAUUAAUGGCCCAGGCAAAAAAGUCUUACAAGAUAGCACGGAAGACGUCAAUGAUAAUGUGAAAGCCUAUAGUAGAAAAAAACGUACAAAACUUGAUUCUAGAGGUCGCUUUCAUAAAGAAUCUGAUUUAGAAAUUGAAGCAGAAGCAGAUGUUUUGGACCAGAAGCUAGGAAUUAAACCCCCAGGUAGAAAAGGGGACGCGGAAUGUGAAACACAACCGGGUGUGGCCAUGUGUGCUAAGGGUGCAUCUUCAGGGCUGAAGGGCGCAAGUACUGUGGAGCCCGUGAUACCAAAAACACCAUUAGAUAUGAAGCGGUUGAAUGGUACUGUAGCUCAGAAAAAGAAAGGUGAGAGUACUCUAGCUAAAUUACGUAAUUCUUCAAGGACCGGUUCUUUGAAAGGAGAAAGCUCAACUGAAGCAGUCCCUGUGAACAGGACGGGUGCUCCCUUGUACUGGGCAGAAGUUUAUCUCUUUGAAGGAGAGAAUGAACGGUGGAUACAUGUAGAUGCUGCAAGAGCUUGGUUCAAUGGUGCUGAUAAGGUCGAACCAGCUGCAAUUGCCGGUCGUGUUCCUCUUCGUUACGUAGUUGCGUUUGCCGGAAGUGGAGCAAAAGACGUUACACGCAGAUAUGUAAGUAUGUGGUCCUCUGUCAGUUCUCUUCGAGUGGACGAUGGGUGGUGGGCUUCCACCCUUCAACCCCUGAAGCAAUUAGAGGCGGCUGCCAUUGCGGGGGCUACUUUGAGAUACAAGCAAUCUCAGGAAGCACUGUCAUUGAAGGGCGCCCGGGAACAGGAGGCCGUUCCUGAAGAUCACAGUGUACUGAUAUCUGGAGGACCAAAACAAUUGCCUGUUAAAAAUGAGCACAAACCGGAGCAGAGCAAGCCUACUGUUAAUGAGGUUCCGGAGGUAAAGAGAGGUGGCAAGCGAGCCACCCGGACUCCACAGUCUAAGAAAACUAAUGGUUCCAAAGCUGGUACUGCGUCUGGCUCUCAGUCCUCAGCACCCCAAGCAGUGGACAGAAGCGCCUUGGAGGAUAUGGAACUGGAGACAAAGGCGUAUACUGAGCCUUUACCAACCAGUCAGCAGGCCUACAAAUCGCAUCAUUUGUACGCUCUGGAGAGAUGGCUGACCAAGUAUCAAACACUUCACCCCAAGGGGCCGGUGUUGGGUUGCUGUGCUGGUCAGCCUGUGUAUCCGAGGUCUUGUGUCCAAAUUCUUCACACCCCUGAUCGAUGGCUUCGUGAAGGUCUCAAGGUUCGCGAAGGCGAGAUUCCAGCCAAGGUUGUCAAGGCAAACCAUCUAGCCAUGAAAAGUGUCAAGCAAGCUGCCAACAAGCUUGAUGGCGAAGAAGAGAACCUUCCUCCUCCUACAACAGAUUUGUUUGGCAAGUGGCAGUGCGAUCCAUGGCGACCUCCCCGAGCAGUCAAUGGAAUUGUUCCGAAGAAUGAGCGAGGUCAAAUAGAUUGCUGGUCAGAAUACUGUAUACCUCCCGGUACUGUGCAUCUACGGUUUCCAAGACUCGUUCCGAUCGUGAAAGCUCUUGGCAUUGACUUUGCUCCCGCUAUGGUGGGCUUUGAGAUUCGAAAAAGGAGAUCAGUACCUAUGUAUGAAGGGGUUGUUGUUUGUGAGGAGUUCAAAGACGUGAUCAUGGAUGCCUACAGACAGGAAGAGGAAAUCAGAUUCGGUCAACUCCGAAGGAAGAGGGAAGAGGUGGCUAUCAGAAGAUGGCGAGAACUUCUGCAUUCUAUGGCAACGAGAGAACGCCUGAAGGCAGCCUAUGAAGGAUUCCCUCUUACGAAUGCGGAAAACGAGAGGCACUCGAACACGCCAAAGAAGGGAACUGACUCCAAACAUACUCUCGGUGCGUCUAAGAAGAAAGUGCCACCGAAGCAGGAAGUUGCUCAUGUCCAUCAUUUCCCUGAUGAGGAUCAAACCUAUGAUGAAGAUACCGGAACCACCACCAAGGUCUGUGCUUGUGGAUUUACAGUUCACGUCGAAGAGAUGUAAAGUAGCAAUUAGUCUGAUUUACAAGAUGUAAGAGAGAUCGUUAUCAUGUAAAUGUAACUUUUUGUCGCAUGAAAAGAUUAUUCUGGUUAUGGUUAUCCACCUUUU